AUGGAAAAGAUAGUGAAUUUAUCCGUUUCAUUCCUUCUGGUUUUAUGGGGAUGCGCGCUUGGAGGCUCGCCCAGUGUUCAAAUUGGGGGACUCUUUCCAAGGGGCGCGGAUCAAGAGUACAGCGCAUUUCGGAUAGGAAUGGUUCAGUUUGGCACCACAGAAUUCAGAUUGACGCCUCACAUUGACAAUCUGGAAGUGGCGAACAGUUUCGCUGUCACCAAUUGUUUCUGUUCACAGUUUUCAAGAGGAGUGUACGCCAUUUUUGGAUUCUACGACAAGAAAUCUGUCAAUACCAUCACAUCAUUUUGUGGAACGCUCCAUGUCUCCUUCAUAACGCCCAGCUUCCCUUUGGAUGGGAAUCAGCAGUUCAUCAUACAGAUGAGACCUGAUAUCAAGGGGCCUCUCCUCAGCCUUAUAGAGUACUACAAGUGGGACAAGUUUGCCUACCUGUAUGACAGCGAUCGAGGCCUGACGACACUGCAGGUUGUUCUGGACACAGCGGCGGAGAGGAAGUGGCAGGUGACAGCCAUCAAUGUGGGGAACCUGAAAGAUGAGAGGAAGGAUGAGGCCUACCGCUCACUGUUUCAGGAUCUAGAGAACAAGAAGGAGAGGAGGGUAAUCCUAGACUGUGAACAGGACAAAGUAAAGGACAUCAUGGAGCAGGUCAUCACAAUUGGAAGACAUGUAAAAGGAUACCACUACAUCAUAGCCAAUCUGGGUUUCAUUGAUGGAGACCUGUCCAAAAUCCAGUAUGGUGGUGCCAACGUUUCUGGCUUUCAGAUUGUUGAUUUUGAUGAUCCUUUGGUGUCCAAGUUUGACCAGAGAUGGGAGGCUCUUGAAGAGAAGGAGUAUCCUGGUGCUGAUAGCAAAAUAAGGUACACAUCAGCGUUGACCUACGAUGCAGUGCAGGUGAUGACGGAGGCCUUCCGCUACUUGCAGAAACAGCGCAUUGACUUCACUAGGAGAGCCAACAAUGGUGACUGCCUGGCCAACCCUGCUGUUCCCUGGUCUCAGGGAGUGGAGAUUGAGCGAGCACUCAAACAGGUACGAGUUGAAGGCCUGACAGGAAACAUCCAGUUUGAUCAGCAUGGCAAGAGAGUCAACUAUUCAGUGAACAUAAUGGAAUUAAAGACUAAUGGUCCUGUAAAGAUCGGAUACUGGAACGAAGUUGACAAAAUGGCCGUCACUAAAUCGGAUGUCUUUGCAAAUGACACAACAGGAAUGGAAAACAAAACAGUCAUUGUCACCACUAUCUUGGAAGCUCCAUAUGUAAUGCUGAAAAAGAACGCUGACCUUUUUGUAGAUAAUGACCGUUACGAGGGUUACUGUGUAGAUCUGGCUGCGGAGAUAGCAAAGCACUGUGGCUUCAAAUACCAACUGAAAAUAGUGGGGGAUGGUAAAUAUGGAGCCAGAGAUGCUGAGACCAAGAUCUGGAAUGGGAUGGUUGGAGAGUUAGUGUACGGGAAAGCAGACAUUGCAGUGGCUCCUCUGACCAUCACUUUGGUACGAGAGGAGGUGAUCGACUUCUCCAAGCCCUUCAUGUCUCUGGGAAUCUCCAUCAUGAUUAAGAAGCCUCAGAAGUCCAAACCGGGCGUCUUCUCUUUCCUGGAUCCACUGGCUUACGAGAUCUGGAUGUGUAUUGUUUUUGCCUACAUCGGUGUCAGUGUGGUGCUGUUCCUCGUCAGCCGCUUCAGCCCAUAUGAGUGGCACACUGAAGAGUAUGAAGACGGGCAGAUCCAGACCAAUGAGUCGACUAACGAGUUUGGCAUAUUCAACAGUCUGUGGUUCUCCCUCGGUGCCUUUAUGCGUCAAGGCUGUGACAUCUCACCUAGAUCUCUGUCUGGGCGUAUUGUUGGUGGUGUUUGGUGGUUCUUCACUUUAAUCAUCAUCUCCUCCUACACGGCUAACCUGGCUGCUUUCCUGACUGUGGAGAGGAUGGUUUCUCCCAUUGAAAGUGCAGAGGACCUCGCUAAACAGACUGAGAUCGCCUAUGGGACUCUGGACUCUGGCUCCACUAAAGAGUUCUUUAGGCGCUCAAAAAUUGCCCUGUUUGACAAAAUGUGGACAUAUAUGCGCAGUGCGGAGCCCUCUGUGUUUGUGAAAACCACAGCCGAGGGGGUUCUGAGAGUCCGCAAGUCCAAGGGGAAGUACGCCUACCUGCUCGAGUCCACCAUGAACGAGUACAUCGAGCAGCGAAAGCCCUGUGACACCAUGAAGGUGGGAGGCAACCUGGACUCCAAAGGAUACGGGAUCGCCACACCGAAAGGAUCCUCAUUAAGAAAUGCGGUUAACCUCGCAGUACUAAAACUGAAUGAGCAAGGCCUGUUGGACAAAUUGAAAAACAAAUGGUGGUACGACAAAGGAGAGUGCGGCAGCGGGGGAGGUGAUUCCAAGGAGAAGACGAGCGCCCUCAGCCUGAGCAACGUGGCUGGGGUCUUCUACAUUCUGGUCGGAGGACUCGGUUUGGCCAUGCUGGUGGCCUUGAUUGAGUUCUGUUACAAGUCCCGAGCCGAGGCGAAACGAAUGAAGGUGGCAAAGAAUGCACAGAAUAUUAACCCAACUUCCUCGCAGAAUUCACAGAAUUUUGCAACUUAUAAGGAAGGUUACAACAUGACCUUUGGGGACGCCAUGAGGAAUAAAGCAAGACUUUCUGUCACUGGGAGUACUGGGGAGAACGGUCGGGUGAUGACUCCAGAGUUUCCUAAAGCUGUCCACGCUGUCCCUUACGUGAGACCUGACAUGGGACUAAACGUCAGCCUGACAGAUCUGUCUUGA